AUGUUCGCUGGACAAGGCUCAUUUUUCAAGUGCUUCGGUUUUCUAAGACGGUGUAAGAAAUACUUCACUUCAUCUGAUCUCCUUACUAUUUACACCACUUAUAUUCAACCUGAAAUUGAAUACAAUACUCAUGUAUGGGCCGGUGCUUCGAAAUCUAUUUUAGAGUUACUCGACCGCGUACAGGAGAGGGCGAAGGUGCUUAUCGGUGACAGUAGGGUAUCCAACUCUAUUGAUUCUCUGGAGCGUCGUCGCAAUGUGGGUUGUGUUUCACUGUUCUAUCGAUACUAUAAUGGAAUGUGUUCUGAUGAAAUUAGGGAACUUGUCCCCGAUACCCGUAGUUUCUCACGAAAUACGCGUUCAUCAGUGAGGGCUCAUCCAUUCGUGGUCUAUUGGUCAGUGGAUCGCACAACACACUACAGAGAAAAUUCGUUUUUCAGCCGUACCGUCCGUAUGUGA